CCAAAUUUGGUCCAUUUUUUCAUCAUCAUAGUCAUACUCAAAUACUACUAGCCAACAUUUUCUUCAUCACUAUUUAUAUAACCUCAAAAUUUUCAUAGAUUUCCCCCAAAGCAAAAUCAGGCUAAUUUUUUGGGUAUAUUGAGGCAAUCUGUCUUAAAUAUCUUCUGGGGUCGAAUUUAAUUUUCAGAAAAAAGAAAAAAAGAAGAAGAAAGAGAUCGUAUUUUGCAGUAUAUAUUUGAUAUUUCAGUUUAGAGCUCCGGCACCUGGAUUUUUGCCGGAGCAAUACGUGUAGUUCAUGCAGGGUAAAGAGAACAAAAACUGCAGGCAAAUUCCAGGAACCUUCCUUUAUCUCACCCCUUUUUUAUCUUUGUCCUUUUUCUCGUACCCCCAAUUUUGUAAUAAAUAUUGAUAUAUAACCGAAUAGUGAGGAUUAUAUAGCGGCAAAUUCAUUAUUUUUAUUAGCCCUCCUCUGUUUUUUCUUUAUUUUUACUCUUCAUCACCGGAACUCGAAAUUAUCCAUGUGGGUUUUCUUUUGUGGGUUGUUAAAGAUUUGUUAAGAUAAAGCUUCAAUAGAGAAUUGAACCCCGCCUGCCGGAAAUUGAUUGAUUAAUUAAAGAUGAUGGGUUCGAUGCAUGAAGAUCAAUGGAACUUGGAGAACGGCGGCGGCGGCGGCGGCGAUCAUGAUCACAUCGUGGAGGUGCCGGCGAGUGGCGCAAUAACAACAGCAUUGUUGAAUAAUAAAAGGUCCGGCAACAAUAAAGGAAGGGCUCAUCGUAUGGGACUGAUGAGGCAGUUUUUGGGUAACGUUCGGGUUGUGAUUCUGGGAACUAAGCUCUGUGUUCUGAUUCCGGCCAUCCCUCUGGCUAUUAUUGCACAAUGCUCUGGUUUUGGCCGGCCAUGGAUAUUUGCUUUCAGUUUGCUGGGGCUUACCCCGUUAGCAGAACGUGUCAGCUUUUUAACUGAACAAAUAGCGUACUUCACUGGUCCUACAGUGGGAGGUCUGCUGAAUGCAACUUGUGGAAACGCAACGGAACUGAUUAUAGCAUUAUUUGCACUUCGCCAAAGGAAGAUUCAUGUGGUGAAAUACUCUCUUCUGGGCUCUGUCCUCUCCAACCAACUCCUCGUUCUUGGUUCCUCCCUUCUCUUUGGUGGCAUUGCCAACCUUAAGCUCGAACAAACAUUCGACAGGAAACAAGCGGACGUGAAUUCGCUUCUUUUGCUGUUGGGAUUGUUAUGCCAUGUGCUGCCGUUGAUGUGUGGAGAUUCGAUACAACCGGUGAAUAAGGAUGAUUUCCUUCUCUCCUUGUCAAGAACCAGUAGCAUUUUCAUGCUCGUGGCCUAUUUUGCUUACCUCUUCUUUCAACUCAGGACCCACAAAUUUGAAGCCGAAGAGGUUGACGAGGAAAUAUGCGAUGAAGACGAAGCAGUGGUUGGAUUUUGGUCUGCCUUCAUUUGGUUAAUCGGAAUGACUAUCACCAUAGCUGUUCUAUCUGAGUACGUGGUGGGUACAAUUGAGGCCGCGUCAGAAUCUUGGAAAAUCUCUGUGAGCUUCAUCAGCCUAAUAUUGCUCCCAAUUGUUGGAAAUGCAGCCGAACACGCGGGAUCUAUCAUUUUUGCUUUAAAAAACAAGCUGGACAUAUCUUUGGGUGUUGCCUUGGGUUCUGCCACUCAAAUUUCCAUGUUCGUGGUACCCAUAUGUGUAAUAGUAGCAUGGAUAAUGGGAAUCCCAAUGGAUCUGGAUUUCAGCCUCCUUGAAACUUCUUGUUUGGCUUUGUCCAUCGUCCUCACUGCUUUCACUUUGCAGGAUGGGAGUUCACAUUACAUAAAAGGAGUGGUUCUUUGUUUAUCCUAUUGUGUGAUCGCCGCUUGCUUCUUCUUUCAUAGAACUUCAGCCAUCUUAGAUAAUCACUCGACAUCCAGUUGAAUAGAGAAAUCAUCAUUUGGAAUAUUAGAGGCCGCCUGGAACUCUGAAUGAUGGGCCUUUUACUUUUCCGGAAGAAUUAUAAUCUAUAUGCAAGCGAUUAAAAAUUAUGAAGCAGUAAAAAUAAGGAGAAGAUUAUAAAAGAAGGCAAAGCUGGAGGAGCUCGGAGUUUGUGUAAGAGAUUUAAAAGAAAUACAAAAAGGUCCAAAUUUAUAAGUAAAUUUAGUAUUUGGGAUUUAUAUAUGUAUUUCAUUUUUAAGGUCGAUUUUGGAACUAAAUGAUGAAGAUUCCUUUUCAUUGAAAAUUAAGGGCAAAAGUUGGAUAUAUGUGAGGUAGCUCUUGGAAUUUGGGUUCAAACUGUAUCAUUUCGUAAUAAGAAUUCAUGAUUUCUACCA